GCGGCAGGCGGAAUGCAGCGGCCCGAGGCCUGGCCACGUCCGCACCCGGGAGAGGGGGCCGGGGCCGUCCGAGCCGGGGGCCUGACGCCGCCCGCCCCGGCGGGGGAGCCCCCAGGGCCGCGGUUGCAGGAACCUUCCCUCUACACAAUCAAGGCUGUCUUCAUUCUAGAUAAUGACGGUCGCCGGCUGCUGGCCAAGUACUAUGAUGACACAUUCCCCUCCAUAAAAGAGCAGAUGGUCUUCGAGAAAAAUGUCUUCAGCAAAACCAACCGGACUGAUGCUGAGAUUGCAUUUUUUGGGGGCAUGACCAUUGUCUACAAGAGCAGCAUUGACCUCUUCCUGUACGUGGUGGGCUCAUCCCAGGAGAAUGAGCUGAUGCUCAUGUCUGUGCUCACCUGCCUGUUUGAGUCCCUGAACCACAUCUUAAGGAAGAACGUGGAGAAGCGCUGGCUGUUAGAGAACAUGGAUGGAGCCUUCUUGGUGCUGGACGAGAUAGUGGAUGGCGGUGUGAUUCUGGAGAGCGAUCCCCAACAAGUGAUCCAGAAAGUGAAUUUUAGGACUGACGACUGCGGCUUAACCGAACAGAGUGUAGCCCAGGGCCAGCAAAAACCCGAAUGUCCCAAGGGGCUGAGAAAGAUUAGCUCCCCUCCUGAUUUCCACACCUUCCUGGACCUCUUCCUGAGGUCUCCAGCCACCAGUCCUGACUUCUACAGCGGUUCCACGCCCAGCUGGACUCCGCCCCGCGCCAGUGUCUGGCCGAGGGGCGCCCCGCUGCGGGACCACAUCUGCGAUCCUGUAGCGCCACCUGGAGGGAAAACUGGGAGGCGCACUCCCUCCGGGUCCCCUUUCCCCGAGCUAAGUAACUCCGCCCACUGCUCCUGCUUGGUCCCCCGGCGGGCCUGCGACAUCAGCAUCCCGGCGUUGCUACGGCAACCAGGAUGCUCGCCAUCCGCCCGGAGAGUUUCGCGCCGGCCCUGGCAGACGAAUUUCCGCUCGCUGCUGCAGUAA